AUGGAACAAAUCAGUUGGCAAAUUGUUCCUCGAUCGCAAAAAAUAAAAACCGUUCCUCGAAAAACAAAUGAAAUACAUCCUUCAUUAAUACAAAGAAAAACCAACACAUACACGCAUAGUUCAAAUGGUUCAUCAUCUAAACCUUCGUCAAAUUCAUCACCUGAACAUACGCAAAAUUCAUCACCUAAAAUUUCACAAAAAAAUUCAUCACCCGAAAUUUCACAAAAAAAUUCAUCACCUUCUCCAUUGACUGUAAAUAAAUUGUUAGCUUCUUCCCCGAAAGCAACAGCCGCCUCGUCCAGCGACGAUAGUGAAGACGAUAAUGGCGACGACUCGAAAUCGACUACUACGCAUAUAACCACCAAAACCACAACUAGCCAUCAAAGCACCUCUCCUUCGACAAUCAAGUCAACUCUAAAAACUAAUUUACCCUCUACAACGCUUUCAUCCAAUACAGCAUUUAUUACUCCUUCCGCCCAGGAACCUCAAAUUCCUUGCCUUACUGGUGAUUCUAUAACUUCUUUAUCAUGUAAAGAUUCUACUCAAUAUUAUUGCAACCUUACAGACCAUAUGUGCUACUCAAGAGUCGAAGACAAUUCACCAUGUCAAGAUGACACUGUAUGCAAUUUAAACUCAGCUUGUAGUGGAAACGUAUGUGUUCCUUCAGGUAGUUCUAAUGAUAAUUCACCGAUUGACGCUGGUAAAGUUGCUAUGAUAGUUGGACCUAUUCUUGGAGCAUUACUACUUUUCGCUAUUUUAUUCCUAUUCAUUUGUUGUAGACGUAGAAGAAAAAAAAGAAGUGAGAAUGAUAUUUUUGGUUCUAUGGAUGAUAAUUCUUAUCCAUUUGCCGCAAGGCCAAAUUCAUUCUCAAGCAGUACACCAACGCCUGUUCCCAUAACUCCUCUAGCAAGAAAUUCACCUGAAGAUAAUGAACUUGAAAAUCAGACAAACACAUGGAAUCAGACAAACUCUAAUACGAUAUGGAAUCAGGCCAACACUAAUCAGACAAACACUACUACUACAACAUAUUUAUCAGGUACAUCAACCUUUAAUGAUGUAGCAAGUGAACAAACCACGGAAAAUGUUAGAUUAUCAAAAUACUUGUAUAUUUCUAAUGCAUUAAAUAUUGGAAACAACAAUAUAAGAGAUUCAAAUUCAUCAUCAAGUGGUGAGACAGAUACAAGAACUGGCACACCUAUUAGACCAUUUAUAGUAAAUGGAGUAUCUAGUGAAAUGAAUUCACCAACAUUACCAUUAGAAGAUUUAACAGAUCGUGAUCGUGGAUCAACAGUAUCAUACUUUACAAAUAAUAGUAAUAGAGAUUCAGAUGUUUUACCAACUAUGGAUCAAGAUGAAUUUAGAAAAUCACCAGAAUCAGUAUAUUUAGGUCUUGAAUUUACACAACCUGAAACAAGACCUUCUAAAGGAAGAUAUACAAUGGGAUCAAUGUAUUCAACAUAUUCAACAUAUUCACAAGAUUAUUCUAAUUAUCCAGCUUCACCAACAACAUAUAACCUUUUACGUGGGGUACAAUCUUCAGUAACUACUGGUAAAAUUGAUCAUUCAAGAUUACGUAAUGAUAGUUUUAGUACAGUAACUACACAAACCAUUUCUCAAACAUAUGAUGAUUCUAGAAGUUCAUAUAUUCAAUUAAAUGCACCAAUAUUUAGUAAUUUUAAUAAUAAUGCUAGUGGUAGUAAUAGUUUAGCAAAUACACUGACUCAUGAAUAUUCGGAUUCAACAUAUUCUACAGCGUCUUCAUUGAAUAGUAAUUCCAACAAUUCCAACAGUACUUCCAAUAGUGAUCAUACUGUAACGCAAAAAAAUAUGUAUUCAACCAAUAGAAGUGAUGGUCAAACUAGAAAAUAUGGAAAUCAAUACUAA